AUGGCAGCCCUGUCAACUGUUUUGGCUCUGCUGGCGUCGACUGCCUUAGCCGGGCCGAGCAAUGAGCAUGUUCAUGUGGAGUCGUCCACCGACCGCCACUCGUCCGCAAGCGCCAUCGCUUUUGUCCAAGGUCUCUAUCCUCCAUUCCCACAUGUGUCAUGCGACUCCGACGUCCCUGGUCAUAACUGGAUGUCCGAUGGCUCGGUCUUGAAUUAUCCCUUGGGCGGAUACCAAUACCCUAACAUCAGAACCAUCGCCCCUGACCGCGACCCGGACUCGAUCUGGGCCCAUGGUCAUGGUCUAUGCCGUAAGCAUGAACAGUCGAUGCUUGCGUUUUCCAACAACAGCAUGGCCAACUCGCUCCACCAAGAUAGCAGAUUAUUCUACAGCAACCUUUGGGACAAAUUGUUUUGCGAGGCAUUUCCCCGCUCGGAGGCUAGCUUUUACAACGCCCACGAACUGUACGAGUACGCCGCCUAUCGUUGGACCCAUGAGAACAGCUCACGGUCAGCCAUAACCUUGGAUGACCUCGAGACCUUACGCCACCUUGCGUGGCAGCAGCAGUCACUCAAACAUGGUUACUCUGAGAACGCCCAGGACGGCUCGACCUCGACCAUCGCCGGCCGCACGCUUGCAUCCAGGGUCGCGGCUCUGUUUACCGAAAACAUUGAGACCCGCGGCGAGCGGAACAAGCUGAACCUCGCCUUCACUUCGCACGAACCUUUCCUGAGUUUCUUUGCCCUGGCAGACCUCAAUGCUGGGCCAUCUAGCGACUUAUUUUCGCAGCUCCCUGAACCUGGCGCGACGUUGACAUUCGAGCUGUUUUCUGUCGACGAGUCUGUUGAUUCCUACGAGGCCGAAUCUCUCACUGGCUCCGAUGCCUAUGGCUCCGAUCCCUCUGACAACAACGAUGAUGCUUACAGCCAGACCGACUCGUACGGCAACACACCGGGGCCCUACGGCGCCAAAACUCGCCGUAGUCUGUACAGUGACCACGAAGCCACCUACGACCAGAAGAGCAUUGGGGCCUACUCCAUGCAGUCCCCUCCUCAUCAGGAGCCCCUGUGUGCCCCGAGCCCAACCCAUAAUAGCAACGACAACCCACCCUACCCCUCCGCCGACAAACUUUACGUCCGUUUCCUCUAUCAGAACCACCACAACGGCAGCGCCGCCGACAAAUACACCCCCUGCCCUCUAUUUGGUAACACGCAAACUUCAAUCCCCUUCAAGCAAUUCCACGAGAUCAUAUCAACCAUCGGCAUCGCCAAUGCGACGACCUGGUGUCAUGCGUGCGAGAGCACCAACUCGAUCUUUUUCUGCGAGGGCGCCGUCAUUGCCCACGACGAGCACCAUCAUCACCUGCUUGCCGUGCUGCUCGGAUCGGCAAGCACGUUGCUCGCAGUCGCGGUCGUUCUGGCACUGAUUGGGUUACUGACAUGA